GAUGAUAAAAAGGAAUUAUCAAACAUUGAUAUUGUCCUUAAAGUUUUGAAGGGAUCUGAAAAUUUUGACCUCAAAUUUCUCAAUGAAUUCAAAAUACACUACCAAUGUCUUGGAAAAUGCGCUGUGCCGUUUUAUGGUUUAACAAUGUUUCCAAGAAUGCAAGAAUAUGCUAUGAUAAUGAAAUAUACAAUUCAUGAUUUUCAUUGUGGAAAUAUCCUUGUCGAUGACAAUGCAAGGAUUUUCAUUAGUGAUUUUGGGCUUUCAAUGUUUAUUAACGAUCUUGGACCUUCAGGCUCCGCAGAUCUACUAUCAGAUCGAUCUCAUGAUGGAUUUUUAGCCAUAGAAAUUAUUAACAAACAUCGUCCAAAAAUCGUAGAGGGGACCCCAGAAAUUUAUCAAGAUAUAAUGAAACAGUGUUGGGAUGAUGAUCCAUUAAAUAGACCAGGUUUGUCGCAAUUGAUAAAGGAUUAUGAAAAUAUGAUCAAGGAUAUGGAAGAACAAUCAUCCAUUCAUUAUUUAGAUUCUGGAUUAAGAAAUUUAUCCUUAUCAGACAUUGAUUUUCAAACUAAAGCAUGUGAAUUAAAUCCAAUCCAAUAUGAAGAAUUAAGUACAAACGAUCAAGAAUUUAAAAGAACAGCUGAACUUGAAAAAAGUAAUGAUUCAGAUAUAACACUUGUUAAACGUAAAGAAACAGUAUCUAUUCAAAAAGAAGAUGACAGCAUUGAAUCGGGUAAUCUAUCUAAAACUUCUCGAGUACUAUCAUUUUCUAGACCAGUAUCACCAUCCAAUGCCCCAUCUCAAGAGGGAAGUGAUGAUGAACUUGAAAAUAAUGAUCCCUCAUUUAACAAGAUGCGCGAUUUAUUAAAUUCAUUGAUACAUGAAGCCACAGAGGCAGUAGAACCUCCCGUUAAAGGGCGUGAGAAGAAGAAACGUGCACCUUCAACUACAAGUAGAUGUCAUAAAAGAGAAAAGGCACAUAAGCGACAAAAGAGCGUACACGAAGAAAGGUUUGAACAAGGAAUGUUGGAAUUUGAUAGGAGUAUUGCAGAUUUUUGCACACUUUCUGAUGCACAUCAAGAGGGAAGUGAUGAUGAACUUGAAAAUAAUGACCCCUCAUUUAACAAGAUGCGCGAUUUAUUAAAUUCAUUGAUACAUGAAGCCACAGAAGCAGUAGAACAUCCCGUUAAAGGGCGUGAGAAGAAGAAACGUGCGUCUUCAACUACAA